CAAUCAAGAGCCACGCCUUCAUCCUGAGUCAGUACCCAAUUGCUGCUCGAAGAGUCCAGAGGACGCAGUCGGGAUUGGCCACCAGUAUGCCCGACCUGGCCGCAACAAGUUAGGCUGAAUCGUCGUUAUAUAGCCCGGCGACGGAGCACGCGUGUGUGCGGACGCGUUUGCGUGAGGGGUUUCUACCUUCUCCCGUGCCGUGGAGCAGCGCUUGUUCCUCUCCCGCUCAGCCGUGCAGGUUGAAUCGACCAAAGCAAUGGUUAUGGAGAAGCCUAGUCCCCUGCUGGUCGGGCGGGAAUUUGUGAGACAGUAUUACACACUGCUGAAUCAGGCCCCAGACAUGCUACACAGAUUUUAUGGAAAGAACUCUUCUUAUGUCCAUGGGGGAUUGGAUUCAAAUGGAAAGCCAGCAGAUGCGGUCUAUGGACAGAAAGAAAUCCAUAGGAAAGUGAUGUCGCAAAACUUCACCAAUUGCCACACUAAGAUCCGCCACGUCGAUGCUCAUGCCACUCUGAAUGAUGGCGUGGUGGUCCAGGUGAUGGGCUUGCUCUCUAAUAACAACCAGGCUUUGAGGAGAUUCAUGCAGACUUUUGUCCUUGCUCCUGAGGGCUCUGUUGCAAAUAAGUUCUAUGUUCACAAUGAUAUCUUCAGAUACCAAGAUGAGGUCUUUGGUGGCUUUGUCACUGAGCCUCAGGAGGAAUCUGAAGAAGAAGUGGAAGAACCUGAAGAAAGACAGCAGACACCUGAGGUGGUCCCUGAUGAUUCUGGAACUUUCUAUGAUCAAACUGUCAGCAAUGACUUAGAAGAACAUUUAGAAGAACCUGUUGCUGAACCAGAGCCUGAUCCUGAACCAGAACCGGAACAGGAACCUGUUUCUGAAGUCCAAGAGGAAAAGUCUGAGCCAGUGUUGGAAGAAAGUCCUCCUGAGGAGGCUCAGAAGAGCUCUUCUCCAGCACCUGCAGACGCAGCCCAGACCGUGCAGGAGGACUUGAGAACCUUUUCUUGGGCAUCUGUGACCAGUAAGAACCUUCCACCCAGUGGAGCUGUCCCAGUUACUGGGAUACCACCUCAUGUUGUUAAAGUCCCGGCUUCACAGCCUCGUCCGGAGUCUAAGCCUGAGUCUCAGAUUCCACCGCAGAGGCCUCAGAGGGAUCAACGAGUUCGAGAACAGAGAAUAAAUGUUCCUCCCCAGAGGGGACCUAGACCAGUCCGUGAGGCUGGUGAGCAAGGUGAUGCUGAACCGCGAAGAAUCGUGAGACACCCUGACAGUCACCAGCUCUUCAUUGGCAACCUGCCUCAUGAGGUGGACAAAUCAGAGCUUAAAGAUUUUUUUCAAAAUUAUGGGAAUGUGGUGGAGCUGCGCAUUAACAGCGGCGGGAAGUUGCCCAAUUUUGGGUUUGUUGUGUUUGAUGACUCGGAGCCUGUUCAGAAGGUCCUUAGCAACAGGCCCAUCAUGUUCAGAGGUGAGGUCCGCCUGAAUGUGGAAGAAAAGAAGACUAGAGCCGCCCGGGAAGGGGACCGUCGAGAUAAUCGCCUGCGGGGACCUGGAGGCCCUCGAGGUGGGCUGGGUGGUGGAAUGAGAGGCCCACCCCGUGGAGGCAUGGUGCAGAAACCAGGAUUUGGAGUGGGACGGGGCCUGGCUCCAAGGCAGUGAAUUCCUCUUCACUGAUUUUCACACAGCAGUACAAAUCCUAGCUCCUUCCAAAUGGUGAAUUUCUUCAGCCAACCUUUGGUAUCUUGGAAUAUGACCCUAGUCUAUUAUAAACUGCUUCAGUUUGUACAAUUUUACUUUUUGUGUUAAAAUGGUGUGUGCUCCUUCCCGCCCUCCCUUCCCUCUCCUCACCUUUAAAUCCUUCACUUCCAAUUUUGUGGAAUGAUAUUUUAGGAAAAACAGAUUUUUAAAGAAGAAAAAAAAGACUGAAUUUCCUUGCUUUAUUUGCGUAUACAGACUGGAUUUUUUUUUUUUUUUAACAGCCAUUUCCCCAAAGGAAUGUGUCUUGCUUAUUACUGACAUUUGGUAUGUUUCAUUCAUUGGAAUAUUUCUUACUUAUUUUCUACGUGUUUCAAAAGCCUGUGAGAAUAACAGGAUUUGAUAAACAUUUUGAAGGCAGAAAAAACCCAAAUUAUUUCUUCUUUGAGAGUCAUGACUACCUUCUGGUGUGGAGCAAUUGCCAUUGGAAAAAUUGACAAUUUUGUUGAUUCUCACUGGUAUGGUUAAAAACUGAAUAAAAGGUAUUAGUGGAGUUUUUUUUUUACUUCUAUGUGGUCACAAAACAAUUCUAAAACCUACUGUUUUUACCAUUGAAAUUUAAAUUGUGAGUUAGGUUUUAAAUGUCUAGAAUGCAACUGAUAGGCUUUUCUUGAACUGUUAGGUUUUUUUUUUGAAGUAGAGUUUUUUCAUGUUUAAUUUGUUUGUAAAAAAAGGAAAAACACAAAAAAAAAUUUUUUUGAAGUCUGAAUAACCCAAAACCGGAGCAAAACUGUUGUGCCUUCUAUUUAUCUUUGAUUCCAGUCUUGGCAAUUGUUUAAAGAAAGAUAAUAAAAAAAAAAAAAAACCCUAGAUUUGUUCUGUCAGGUUCAGAGUAUGUUGGGAAUUGCAGAAUCCCUCUUUCACCCU